AUGUCAACUAAAGACUCACGUGACAGCUUAGUAAUCACAGCCCCAACAGAGGCUGUUGACGAAACAUCGCAGAAUAUGACCCGUCAGGGCGGCGUCGUUGCCGCUAUGACCCUGUUGUCCAGGAUCAGCGGUUUGUUGCGCGAUAUCGUACUGUCUUACCUGUUUGGCGCGUCCCAGAUGGCAGACAUGUUUUUUGUCGCCCUGCGAAUCCCCAACUUUUUCCGCCGUUUGUUUGCCGAAGGAGCAUUUAAUCAGGCGUUUGUGCCCGUGCUUAUCCGCUACAAAAAUACCAGCGUUGAUGAUCUGCUUGGGUUUAUUGCACCUUUGUCCGGUUUCUUUGCUUCAGCACUGCUCCUGUUUGUCUGCGCUGGCGUGCUGCUUGCGCCGCAGCUGGCGUUAUUGUUUGCUCCUGGGUUUGCUGAUGAGCCUGGUGUGCUCAAGCAGACAGGCGAGCUGGUGCGUAUUACCUUUCCUUAUCUGGGUUUCAUUUCGUUGACGGCUUACGCAGGUGCGCUGCUCAAUGCGCACAAUCGCUUUGCGCUCCCGGCAUUCACCCCGGUGCUGUUGAAUCUGACCUUGAUCGGGGCAGCUGUCAUUGCUCUGCAGGGCUGGUCCCUGUUGCCGGCUACUGAAAUCCUGGCCUGGGGUGUGCUGGUGGCGGGUAUUUUCCAAUUGUUGUUUCAACUGCCAUCCCUUGCCCGGCUGAAACUCCUGCCAAAGCCGACCUAUGCCCACAAACAUCCGGGUGUACGACAGGUGGGCAAAUUGCUGUUGCCUGCGGUCCUGGCUGCAUCGGUGGGUCAGAUCAAUGCGCUGGUUAACACUAUUUUAGCCUCGACCCUUAUCACCGGCAGUAUCUCCUGGCUGUAUUACGCGGAUCGGUUGCUUGAGUUGCCUGUUGGUUUAGUGGCGGUUGCGUUGGGCACAGUGAUGUUGCCGCACCUGUCCCGGAUGGCGGCCACUGCUGAUGAGAAACACUUUUGUGCCACCCUGGAUUGGGGUGUGAAUCUGGGUCUGAUGCUGGCGCUGCCUGCAGCUGUGGCCUUAUAUAUUCUGGCGCAGCCGUUGCUGGCAACGUUAUUUAUGAGUUUUGACAACGGCGCAAUGACUAACCACGACAUUCGUAUGGCUGGUCUGGCACUGCAGAUGUUUGCGGUGGCGCUGCCUGGUUUUGUGCUGGUCAAAGUCCUGUCACCGGCGUUUUUUGCCCAUGAAAACACCCAGUCACCGUUUCGCUACGCAAGUAUUGCUGUCGCGGUUAACCUGACGGUGAGUCUGUCGACCUUCAGUUGGUUUGGGCAUGUGGGUCUUGCCUGGGCGACAGCGAUCUCCGCCUGGUCCCAUGUGCUGCUGCUGUACAUUGGCUUGUCCCGCCGUGGUCUUUACCAGGCAACUGCGAGUCUCUGGCCGAUGUUGUACAAAACACUCAUCGGCACCUCGCUGCUGGGGGGAUUGCUGAUUUAUGUGAGUGCCCAGUUUCAAUGGCUGGCGAUGUCAGGAGCGCUGCGUAUCCUCUGGGUGGUUGGCAGAUUGCCUAUAAUCGGCGCGAUGGAAAUUAUUCACGGCAUUCACAACCUCAAAGCGCGGCACAUUGGCAACGUCGUCACGAUGGGCAAUUUUGAUGGUGUCCACAAAGGCCACCAGAUGCUCCUCGACCACCUGCAGGAAUUCAGCACGCGUUUGGGCGUGCCCAGCAUGGUGGUCACGUUUGAACCUCAACCACGGGAAUUUUUUGCUGGCAGUUCCGUGCCACCCCGUCUGACACGUCUGCGGGAAAAAGUAGCUCUGCUGCAGCGCACUGGUCUCGACCGUUUGUUGCUGCUGCCUUUCAACGAGAAAAUUUCUCAAGCAGCGCCCAGCUGGAUUACCGAUGACCUGUUUCAUCAGCGUCUGGGCGCCAAACAUGUGAUUGUCGGUGAUGACUUUCGCUUUGGCCGCAAGCGUGAGGGCGAUUACACGUUCAUGCGUAACGCGGGUGAAGCGCUGGGGUUUGGCGUCAGCCAGACCCCGACCCUGGAUAUCGGCGGCGAACGCGUCAGCAGCAGUCGUGUGCGGGCUGUGCUCGGCACUGGAGACUUUGCCCAGGCGACUGAAUUGCUGGGCCAUGAAUACUUCAUCAUGGGGCGAGUGGUUUAUGGCCGCCAACUGGGCCGGCAACUGGGUGUGCCUACGGCAAACAUACGUCUGCAGCGCUACAAAGCGGCAUUGGAAGGGGUUUACUGUGUCACCGUAGAAGGCGCUGGUGAAGGUCCACAUGAUCCUGUGAUCAGGCAGGGCAUUGCCAACAUAGGGGUACGUCCCACAGUGGACGGCAAGGAACCCCUGUUGGAGGUUCACGUGUUUGAUUACGCGGGUAACCUCUACAACCGACUGCUCACGGUCACCUUCAAACAUAAAUUGCGUGAUGAGUGUGCCUUCGAUUCUAUUGAUUUGCUGAAGGCACAGAUAGAACGUGUGCAGGUACUGCCAUUUUUCGCCUGGGUGCGAUGGCAUAACGAAGGUGCUGCGUUUUCAUUCUUGUCCAGUGCCGGUGGUUGGCAGCGCUAUUUUUUUGUCGCGCUGGCUAUCGGCUUUUCUGCUUUCAUUGUUUAUGAAAUCAGUCGUCUGCAAAAACAUGAGCGCGUCAUGGGCUGUGUCUACGGUCUGAUUCUGGGCGGAGCAAUAGGCAAUCUUAUCGAUCGCAUCCACCAUGGCUAUGUGGUCGAUUUUGUUCUCUUUCACUACGACAGCUAUUACUUCCCCGCAUUUAACGUCGCGGAUUCAGCGCUUUUCUGCGGGGCGGCGUUGUGGAUUGUAGUGAUGAUUGUGGAACACCGACAAAGUAAAAAGCAGAUGAGUGCGGCGGGGUUCGCUGAGCAGAUUGUGCUGCCAGCGACGGAAGCAUUCGGCGAGAGGAACCCGGCAAAUGUGCAGCUUAUCAGUCGUGCUCGUUUUGCGCAGAUGGAUGGUGAACAGCCUCUGGAGGAAGGCCUGGUGGUGUCCUUUCAGGCGCCAGAUGGCGAACUGCCCGGCGUUGUUGUCGCCGUUUUUGAUGACACCGUGAAAGUUGACUUUAAUCAUCCCCUGAGCGGCACUGACAUCAUUUUUGAUGUUUCGGUUCUGUCGGUGGAGGACCCUGCUUCCGCUUAG